UAGACGCACUGAGCUGAAAGAAAUCAAAACUGUAGCUUCUGAACCGUAUCCACAGACCUGUUGUAGCCGACCAAACAAGCCAACCACCCUGAGGACUUCUUCAGGAUUCACAUUGAACACUGAGCUGUUCUAACAGUCUAUGGUGUGUCGACCGCCCCGCUGCUGCCUGUCAGUUGAUGUAACUUACCGUUCCCGGGUUUGGGUUUAAAUCUCCAGCCUGGGGGAGACAGAACCGACCGUAACGGGAGGAAGAACACGGUUUGACGGACUAAAACUGUGGAGACAUGGGGGCUGUUCUGGGGGCUUUUUCCUUCGCAAGCUGGGUGCCAUGCCUUUGCAGCAGUGCCACUUGUCUGAUGUGCAGCUGUUGUCCGGGCACCAGGAACUCCACAGUGACCAGAAUCAUCUACGCCUUCAUCUUGCUGAUGGGGACCAUCGUUGCCUGCAUCAUGCUUUCGCCGGGUGUGGAUCAGCAGCUAAAAAGGAUUCCAGGUUUCUGUGAAGAUGGGGCUGGCUCCACUAUCCCUGGGCUCCAAGCUGAUGUCAACUGUGAAAUGUUUGUGGGCUACAAAGCAGUGUACCGCAUCUGCUUUGGCAUGAGUAUAUGGUUCCUGGGCUUUGCCAUUCUUAUGAUCAACAUCAAGAACAGCAGAGACCCCCGUGCUGCCAUCCACAAUGGAUUUUGGUUUUUCAAGUUUGCUGCCUUGGUGGCAGUUACGGUUGGUGCCUUUUACAUUCCAGAUGGGCCAUUUAACUACACUUGGUUUGUCGUGGGCUCUGGUGGAGCUUUCUGUUUCAUUCUGAUCCAGCUGGUGCUGCUGGUGGACUUUGCCCACUCCUGGAACGAGUCCUGGGUGGACAAGAUGGAGACCGGCAACUCCAGGGGCUGGUAUGCAGCUUUGCUGGUGGUCACUAUCCUCAACUACAUCCUGUCAUUUAUUGCUGCCGUGCUGUGCUUUCUCUUUUACACCAAGCCUGAUGGAUGUUCUAUCAACAAGUUCUUCAUCAGCUUCAACAUGAUGUUCUGCAUCGUGGCCUCUGUUGUCUCUGUGCUGCAUAAAGUACAGGAGUCUCAGACACGUUCAGGUCUUCUUCAGUCCUCCGUCAUCACCCUGUACACCAUGUACCUGACAUGGUCUGCCAUGAGCAAUGAGCCUGAUGAAGAAUGCAACCCCAGCCUACUGAGUAUCUUUCAGCGGAUUGCAGUCCCCACACUGGCCCCUCUGGAGGUGGAGAACCAGACAUCUGUGGUGAUCAUCGACCCAGAGGAACCUGUCCUGACAGACCCGUACCUGCAGUGGUGGGACGCCCAGAGCAUCGUGGGGCUCGCUAUAUUUGUCCUGUGCAUCCUCUACUCAAGCAUUCGUUCGUCCAGCACCAGCCAGGUGAACAAGCUCACCAUGGCGUCCAAAGACUCGGCCAUCCUGGCGGAGGGCGGCAGCAGCCUGGACCUGUCAGACGAGUCCACAGGACCCAAGCGGGUGGAGGACAAUGAGCGGGACAUGAUCCAAUACAGCUACUCCUUCUUCCACUUCAUGCUAUUCCUGGCCUCACUCUACAUUAUGAUGACCCUCACCAACUGGUACAGCCCUAAUGCAGACUACACCAUAACCAGCAAGUGGCCAGCAGUGUGGGUGAAGAUCAGCUCCAGCUGGGUGUGUUUGGCCCUGUACACCUGGACCCUGGUGGCCCCCAUGAUCCUCACCAACCGGGACUUCAGCUGAUCAGCAACGUCUACUCUGGCUCCACUCUAUCCUCUACAAACCUCUGUCUUUACAGAAUCUCUGACCAUAUUGCCUACAUCUUACUUUCACAAUUUAUACUUUUAACUGGAACAAUUGGUCAGAUUCAGAGGUGCCAUAACAGCUGCCCCAGGUAUCACCUGCACUGAUUUCAUAGAUGCGAGGACAAUUACACAUUUUCCACCGAAGCACAAAAAUACACUUGAAGAAAAACAAUCCAUUUGUUUGUGCAAAUGUAUGUCCACAAUAGGGCUGCAUGAUAUGAGAAAAAUAUGCAUUAUGCAAUAACGUUUAAAUCAAGAUAACAUUAUAUAUUACUUGAGAUAAAUAAACAGAUGUUAAAGUGCACUCCAUCAUGCUUUACUGCUGAUUUUAGUAUUCAGCUAAAAUACAAAAAAAUUGCAUGUUAAGUUUAAAACAAAUGAAAGGAAAUAAUUUCCAUCAUUCUUUAAUCAAAGGUCCCAUGGCAUGAACAUUUCACUUUAUGAGUUUUUUUAACAUUAAUAUGAGUUCCCCCAGCCUGCCUAUGGUCCCUCAGUGGCUAGAAAUGGUGAUAGGUGUAAGCCCUGGGUAUCCUGCUUUGCCUUUGAGAAAAUGAAAGCUCAGAUGGGCCGAUCUGGAAUCUUGCCCUUUAUGACCUCAUGAGGUUACCUCCCAUUUCUCUGCUUUGCCCGCCCAGAGAAUAUGGCCCACCCAUGAGAGAGAGAAAUCGUGGCUUUCAAACAAACAGGCCACACCCCCAGCCUCCACCUUGCCGCCCCCCCUUCUCCUCCUAAAUAGCUACAGACUCAGAAAAGGCACAUACGAAGGAAAGCUCAUUGUGGGACUGGUAAAAGGCAUCACUAAGAAUCUCUGAGUGUCUUUCGCGAUGCGUUUAUUGCGGCAGUUGAUAUCGCGAUGGCGAUAAAAAACAAUAUAUUGUGCAGCCCUAAUCUGCAACAAAACCAGUGUCACAUUUUAAUAUUCCGUGCUCUUAAUCUAAAAUCAUUAUUGCUGUAAAAACAACAAAUCAGUCAGAUUUAAUCCAAUACUAACAUUGUUUACACUGCUUAAAAAUAUGAACGUAUUACAAUAUUAAUAAUGAGGGCUGGUUUGUGAACUGUACACAGUAGUAAACUCAUAUAGUUUGCUGCUAUUCCAUGCCUUCCAAUGCCUUAUAUGUUUGUCAAAUGUUUCCGAUAUGUGAAUAUAUUGAAUGUAUUAAGAGUAAAAUAAAGUACAUGAGUGUAGUAAACUAUGAUUGGUGAACAUUUCUGCAGUAUGACUCAAAGUCAAGUUUCUGCCAAAUAUGUAUGGUCCAAGAUAUUCAAUGUGAAGGUGUCUUUGAGAUGACACAACGACACCAAACACAUAGAUGCAAUCAAAAGAUUAGUUUAAAGCCACCAUGGGUUAUGGUUUUAUUAUUUUCUGUGCAUCAUUGUAUGACUCCAAAUACAAAGUAUUACGGAAGGGCUUUAAAGUUUAUUAUGAUUUUACUUGUAAAGAAUGUCAACUUUUUUUAAUCCCAGAAAUAAGUUGUGUUUUGCAAGACAUGUCAGGGAAUGGUAAUUGAAUGGUUUAAUACGUUUAAGAAUUAAUCCUGAUUCAUAUGACACAAAAUGACCAAAUGCCUUGUAAGCCAAAGUGAUGGACUGUAGUUAUUAUGUGAUGUGUGUGGGUUCUCAGUGCUUCUGUAAUUUCUCUUCACAUUGAUGUUUGCUUUGAUUUAAUGUUCACAACAGAGAAUGUGCAAAACUCUUACCAUGAAUAAAUGAGCUGGUCCGUCUUG